UUAGGAUGUUGUACACGUAAGAUAUGUUGCCAAGAAUGACCAUUUGCAGAAAAAAAAAUUAAAUUAUUAACUAGAACACUUGGAGUAGAUGUUUUACAGUGACAAUCUUCUAAUGUUACCAUAGUAACAGAAUAUAUUUUGGCAUGAGGAUUCACUGCAUAAUGUUAUCAUUUCAAGUCAACUCCUAUGGUAUUUUUCUAGUUUUUGUCAGAAGUAAUAUUCUAAAUCGUAGUUUUCUGUGUGGAAUUUUAACACAGGUUGGUAUGGCUGCUACUCUAGCUGGGGUGUGCCAGGUACCCCUCACGGCAGUUUUGCUUCUUUUUGAACUAACACAAGAUUAUCGAAUUGUUCUGCCACUUUUGGGAGCUGUGGGACUCUCUUCAUGGGUUACAUCUGACAAGACAAGGAAAAGAGUCACUGAUAAAACCAGCAAAACGAAAGACCAAAACGUUGUAGCAACUUCACCAGAGAGAUAUUCUUACGACUCCACUGUUAACUCUACUUCUCCUAAUGUCAAGGAACCAAACGGUAGUAGCCUUUGUGAACUCGAGAGUUCACUCUGUCUGAAUGAUGAAUCUGAAGAUGAAGCGGAUGACCUGGCAAAUGAAAUCUUGGUCCCUUCUCUGUCAUUGAAGAACAUCUGAAUACGAUUCUUCCAAAUUGUUUUGAUGCAAUUGGUCUGAUGCUCAUGAUUCGCAUUAUAUACCAGUACCAGCUUAUAAUGUCUCGGAGGCGAAUACCGUGUCUGGAUUCAUACUUGGAUAAGGUCAACAUUUCGUUAUGGCCCCGAUUUAAGAUGGUGUUUGACAUGCACCUCAACAGCCUUAGAAAUGCCAAUGUCCGCACUUUGUGGGAAGAUGAUGUGCAUCCUCAUUAUGUAAUGAGGCGUUAUGCUGAAUUUACAGCUUCCCUAAUCCAGCUUAAUGUUGAUUAUGGAGAUGGUCAGCUUGAACUCAACUUGGAGAGAUUGCGAAUGGCUGUAGAUGAUUUACUUGUCAAGCUUGCCAAACUAUUCCAGAAACCGAAGUUGCAAACUGUAUUUUUGAUAAAUAACUGCGACAUGACAAUUGCUGUAUUGAAGGAAGCUGGUCCUGAGGGGAGCAAAAUUCAAAUGCACUUUGAAGAGUUGCUGAAAAGCAAUACAUCCAUUUAUGUGGAGGAACUACUCAUGGAACACUUCAGUGACUUGAUCAAAUUUGUAAAGAUUAGAGCAUCGGAGGACCCAAGUUCCGGUUCGUCAGAGCGGCCGAUUAGUGUGAGUGAAGUAGAGCCAAUAAUAAAGGACUUUGGCAGCAGAUGGAAAGCUGCAAUAGAGCUGAUGCACAAUGAUGUGAUAACUUCAUUUAGUAACUUCUUAUGUGGUAUGGAAAUUCUGAGAGCAGCUUUGACACAGCUAUUGCUUUACUACACGAGGCUUUCGGAUUGCAUGAAGAGAAUCGCAGGUGGGUCUAGCUUGAACAAGGACUUGGUUUCCAUAUCUUCCAUAAUGUACGAGAUUAGAAAAUACUCCAGGACCUUUUGAUUUCAUACUUUGUUUCUCAUUGUCUUUUAUGUAAAAUUUUCUGGCUUUGCUUGUAACAUACAUGUUCCUGAUUUUUUUAUUGAAGAGAGACAGCUUUUUGUUGUGCGUAA